UUUCAAGCAUUCGCCAUUUGGGGAAAAAACGCUCCUUCUCUCUCUCCUUAGCCCCUUUAUUUAUCUUCUCCCUUAAAAUUUUCCAACCCUCUUUCCUAAGUAAUGCAGAACAUUCAAAACCCUCAUAGGCCAAAUGGGUUGGUGGUUUUUAACUAGUUGAGACAAAAAAGGAACAACCUUUAUACUUUUUUUUCAAUUAAAAAUUCAAUUUUUACAACUGGGUUUAUUUUUAUUCUUCAUUUUGAUCAAUUGGGUUUUCUUUGUUUUGAAAAAGAAGAAAUGGGUAGGGGAAAAAUUGAGAUUAAAAGGAUUGAAAAUGCUAAUAGUAGACAAGUUACAUUUUCUAAGAGAAGAACUGGGUUGUUGAAAAAGGCUCAGGAGCUAGCUAUUCUUUGUGAUGCUGAGGUUGCUGUUAUCAUUUUUUCAAACACAGGGAAACUUUUUGAGUUUUCAAGUUCUGGUAUGAAGCGAACACUUUCAAGAUACAACAAAUGCACGGAUUCUUCAGAGAGUGCAUCGGUAGAAUAUAAAACAGAGAAGGAUGAUACUAAGAUGGUGGAGAUUCUUAAAGAUGAAAUUGCAAAACUAGAAACAAAUCAACUACGGCUGUUGGGAAAGGACUUAACAGGAUUGGGUUUAAAGGAACUGCAACAUCUAGAGCAGCAAAUUAAUGAGGGACUAUUAUCCGUGAAGGAGAGGAAGGAAGAAUUGCUUAUGGAACAACUGGAGCAGUCUAGAAUACAGGAGCAGAAGGCUAUGCUGGAGAAUGAAACUUUGCGAAGACAGGUUGAGGAGCUUCGAUGCUUGUUUCCGAUAGCAGAACGUGUAAUGCCAACUUAUCUUCAGUAUCACCAUGUGGAAAGAAAGAAUUCAUUUGUAGAUAACAGUGUUAAAUGUCCCAGCUUCGCCAGAAACUGUGCAAAUGAUAAAGCUGAUUCAGACACCACAUUGCAUCUAGGGCUACCAACUGAUGUUCGUAAUAAGAAGACUCCUGAGAAAAAAAAAAUUUCUAAUGAUUCGUAGAGUCGGAAGGCUUUGCUCUGAUCCAGUUCUGGCAAAAAGUGGAACUUGAGACUAAUUUAGUGCAGGUGUAGUUGUGCAAAGUAUCAGUUAAGAUCACAUAGGAAAUGUAGGAUUGUAGGCGACAACCAGAUUAUAAAUGUAGAAUCUGGCUCCUCUUUUAAGGGUAUUUUGCAAGGUGCUGAUUAAUGAUUAUACCAAUUUUUGGGAUAAUGGCUGUAAAAAUCUUAAAUUCUGAACCUUGUUUUAGUUUUCAUGAAAAAUAUGCUUAGGCUUAUUGCA